AUGCUGACUGCAUUUAACAAACCAGAAUUCCCUGCAGCUGAAAUGUUCCUACAGGUUGUGGGCAACUUACUGGUGAAGAACUGCAGAAAUAAAAGUGCUGAUAUUAAUAUACGCACGGUAAGCUUGGAAUAUCUUGGUUUGAUUACGUCGCGAUUGCGUAGCAGCAUGAUUUGGUCAGUGGAAGAUUCAAGAGAGCGCAUGGAUCUCGUUGUGAGGACCAUAAAAUUUGAGGAGAAUUUGCAAGAGGAUGGAACUUCUUUGUGGCCAAGUGUAGCUGACGUAGAUAUCUCAGACAUGACAUUCAGUGAGAAACAAAUGGAACUAGAACGUGCUUUGCUUGACUAUAUAGUUGUGAAUAAAGAUAUUACUGUUGAAUAUGCUGUUCGUUUUUACUGCUGCGUAUGGUACAAAGAGAUAUUGGAGGAUCUGCAAGAGCUUGAGGCACGGUAUGCUGAAAGUAAACGCGAGAAUUUGUCGGAGAAGGCAAGCCCAUGCUCUUUCAGUCACAACAUGAUUCUUGUCCCUCUUGAACAUCGAAAGAAUGAAUCCCGACAUUUGAAAAAGGUCAAGCGAGCUCAAGCCCAAAAGAUCUUUCUGGUUGACUUACUCAGCAAGAAGAAGGACAGGCAACGAAGAUACGAAAAUGCCAAGCGAUUUGGUAGCUCUAUGCUCGAAUCUGAUGUAGCAUGGUGCAUCAAAUAUCUUGCAGCGAAAAGGGAGUUCACACAUUCGUUUGACACUUUCCUCAAGCAG